AUGAUUUCCCUCCCCCUUGUAGUCAUCGCCCUCCUUCCAUUCACUCUUGCUGCUCGCCAACCAGAUGGAGGCGUCAUACAUGCUCCAAUCGUACGACGGAGUCAUUCCAACCGAGUUGCAAACUUGCCAAAAGCCGUCGAGGCAUUGCGGAAAAAAUAUGGCACGAAUUUGAAGCGAGCCAGCACUGUUGUAAUUCCUAUCACGGACGAGGAAAACGAUUCCAGCUACUCAGGUGUUAACUUCAAUCUUGUCCUUGAUACUGGUUCUUCUGACCUUUGGGUUGCAACAACCUCCUGCACCUCCUGCGGGUCAGAUAUACCCAAAUUCGACCCCUCAACGUCGUCGACAUACAAGGCUACCUCCUCUCCCCUGGAGAUAGCCUAUGGCUCAGGACCGGUGCACGGUACUGUUGCUCACGAUAAUGUCGCUUUCGGGUCCUUCGAAAUGUCCCAGGAAUUCCUUGCUGUUACUAACAUUACCUCUGGCUUGAUAAAUGAUGGGCUCUCAGGUAUCAUGGGUCUCGGGUUUGCCUCACUUUCUACCCUCCAGACUACCCCUUUUUGGGAAGCCCUCUAUAAUGCCAACAACCUCUCAGAACCCUUGUUCUCUUUCUACCUUGAACGCUAUGUCAACCAAGCCAAUGAGAUUUGUGCUGCCCCGGGCGGUAUGCUUACUCUCGGAGGAACAAACUCGAGCUUGUACCAGGGCUCCAUCGAAUACUUGAACUUGACUGGUUCACCAUCGUAUUGGCUGCUCACCGUUAGCUCGGUCUCUGUGCAAGGCAAGACAAUCAGCAUCGACGCAUCCAGUGGUGUUGCUGCCAUCGACACAGGAACUACCCUCAUCGGUGCACCUACACCCAUUGCUGCAAGUAUUUGGGCUCAAGUUCCUGGCUCUGUGGAGCUUACGGGAGAUUACCAAGGUUUAUAUGCAUUCCCUUGCGACACUGAUGUCACAUUUUCCAUAUCCUUCGGCGGUACCAACUGGGCGAUCAAUCCCCUGGACAUGAAUCUCGGCAGCCUCAAUGCCACAAUGCUCGGCAACGUGAAUGCCACUUCUUCUGAAAUGUGUGUUGGCGGUAUCUUCGAUAAUGGCAUUAAUAAUGUUCCUGCUUGGAUCGUCGGUGACACCUUCCUGAAGAAUGUGUACUCGGUCUUCCGUGCCAGCCCCGCCGCCGUUGGGUUUGCGCAGCUCGCUAGUGGCUUGAGCUCUUCAACCGGAUCUUCCGAUUCGAACUCGGCGCAGGUGACUGGCUCGCAAGCGUGCUCGACUGGGAAUGGAAGCUCGACCAGCGGAAGUACUGGCUCUGGCUCUGCUAAUAGAAAUAUCGCCGUAUCGCUUACUCUUCUCGCCUCUGUGGUAUGGUGCUUCACCCUCUUCCUCUAAGCAGAGCCCAUAGACGCACUAUGCGGGAAUUCAUUGCUCAUCUGUCGUCAGACGACACUUGUAUAGAUCAUGCAUCUGUGUUUAUCU